AGGACCAUCAGAUGACGUUGAGGAUCCCGAAUCGGUGAAGAAAUGGAACCGUCGGAGUCGGAGCCGGUGGGGGAGGUGCGACAGCUGGCGGUGCAAGAUCACCAGGUCGUCACCCAGAUUCCUAACCUCAAGCCGGUCUCUGCCAGGGUCCAGCCAGUCCACCAAGAGAACGAGGAUCUCCUCUUCCUUAGAUCCCUGCUGCCCUACAUGACAGGACUCCCGCUGGUCCAGAGGCUGUCCCUGAGGGCGGAGAUCAACACCGCGGUCAUCAAGGCCUGGGAGAAGAGAGGCAAGUCCGGUUGCGCCGAAAAUGACGCCUUCGGAGAGUCGAAGGGUUCGUCGUAAUAGCGCAAUGGUCUCCAU